AGGGAAGCGUGGAGUAAGUUUGCAUCGUUUGUAUAUACUGCCCCUCUUCUGGUGCGCUAGUCCGCUUCCGGUUGCCAUGCGAGGCCCUUCACUGUAAACAAUCAAUCAUAACAUCCAGCCGAAACACGACAACCACGUUUGCAUCACAUCUUCUCCGACGAAUAACUUAGGCGUCGCCUCGUGGAGAGGGCUCUUCUGCAUCAUGUCGUACGGUCAUCGAAUGAGUCAACAGUUCCACGGCUCCCAGCAGCACCACAACAGAGGCGGCCGCAAGAAAGAAGAUGAAAACGAUGCUCUGAUGCGACUGCCAGAUAAAGAGAUUGCAGGAUGUAUCAACGACAUCGGCAUACCCUUCACCGCCGCCGACCUGAUCAAACCGAACCCGCAGCAGAUUCAGAUGGUCUUCGAGUGGUUUGCGGAACUCCUGAUGAACAACACCCGCGAAACGGUGGAACCAGCAAUGCGCGCCGCGGCAGAUGAUGUUUGUGGCGACUAUCCGGAUAUCGUGCCCACGGAUACACGCAACUUGAUGGGAUUUUUCACCGGACUGCGGCGGUUGAUGAUGGAGUGCGGUGUCAACGAUUUUACUUUUACCGACCUGACCAAGCCGACCCACGACCGUCUCGUCAAGAUCUUUUCCUAUCUCAUCAAUUUCGUGCGCUUCCGCGAGUCGCAAACCCCCGUGAUCGAUGAGCAUUUCAACAAGGCGGAGAAGACGAAAGCACGCAUCGAUACCCUCUACGGCGAGAAUCAGGAGAUGGAACAGCGUCUUGAGGAGAUGCGCCGGACUCUGAAAGCCAACGAGGCGCAGGUCAAGGAGAAAGUCCGGAGGAACGAUGAAUUGAAAGCACGGCUCCUCGAAUUGAGACGGAACCAGGAGCGAGUUGCGGAGACACUGGAGCGUGUCAAGGCGGACAAGGCCAGACGACAGGCACAGCUCGAGGAGAAGACAGAAAGGGUGGUGCGCACGCGGCAGGAGGUCGAGAAACUACGACCUUACGUGAUGGACAGUCCCGCCUCGCUUCAGUCGUCCCUAGCUGAACUGUCUGAGAGUUUGUAUCGUGAGAAAGCGCAGAUUGAUGCCAUGGAGAAGCGGGCAAGAGCUCUGCAAACCUCGUCGGAUACGUUCACUGUUGUCAGCAAUGAUGUACAGGCAUGUGUGAAGCUCCUGGAGGAUAUAUCCGUUGAGCUUCAGAAAGAGGAGGAAGAAGAGUCCAGAGCUUCUAGAAACAAAGAAGCUAUUUCUGAAAGAGGUAACAAUGUAAGGGAAGUGGAGCAGACAGAGAAACUGCUGCAGCGACAGUUGACGCGGUGGAACGAGAGAAUCGAGGCUCUGCGGAAGAACGCGCAAGAAAAGGCCGAGGCAGCCCAGGCCCGCAUGGAGGAGUUGCGGGAAAUCCAGAAACAACUUCGCGAGGAGCGAGCAGACAAACAACGCGACAUGGAGCGUCGGAGAAUCCGCAUUGAACAGACCGAAAAGAAGAUGGCCGAUCUCAAAGAGAACAUUGAAAGCGAGAUCCAAGGCGCUCAUGACGAAUACCUGAAGCUGGAGUCGCAUAUCAAACUUUACAUCACUGAUAUGGAAAAAUGUUUAUGAUCUGAGGCAAUUCUGUCAGGGGCGCGAUUUCGGGAGUUUAUGGAUUGGUUCUA